AUGAAUUCUAAUACUCGAGAAAUACUCAGAUUCAAAAAUUCCGAAAUAUUUGAGUUUUGGUUGAGAAAUAAGAGGAAUGUAUCGAAUUACAUAAAAGGAAAAAUUCCAUACGAAGUUGAUUCUGAUUUAAGUAAAUUAAUUUGUACUAAAUCACGGAAUUUAUCUAUUUUUAUUAAACGACAAUGGGAUAGACAAUGCAGAAAUGAGAAAGGAUUUAGAAAAUAUAAUAAGGAUUGGUUGGGUCGAGAAACAAUUUUAUUUGUACCGAAAAAUAUCAAUGUUAUCGGUCGUCCAAAAACUACCUAUGUUGAUAGCGGCGAAAGAAAUAAAAGGAGAUUAGCUUCCGAAUUAGCUUUCCAACAAGGAGACAAUACGCAACUAUUAGUUCAUGCUGCCUCUAUAUCUGCCAAAAAAUCGCACUCAGCGGAUUUGACAUUUGUCCUACAACAAGUUGUUAUAUCUCCAAACCGACCAUCCAAAAUUCGAAAAGUUCUUAAUACUAGCCAUAAAGAAGUUACACCAAUAUCACCUGAAGACGCUCUGACGUUUUUGUUAAAAAACGGAUUAACUAAACAACAGUACAAAAAUAUGCGUCAAUUAAAUUUAAAACAUUAUUGUAUUAUUUACCCGACUUAUGAUAAUGUUUUUAAGAGCAAAUUGAAAUGUAGACCGGAUGAAAUCAAAGCGAAUGAAAACUCUGUGCAAGUAUCGAUGCAAAAUUUAUUAGACCACACAGCUAGAAGAAUUCUUCAAUAUCAAGAUGAAGUAUUGUGUACAAUGGAUGUUGAAGACUCGGUCCUAGUUUUAAGCUACGGUUUUGAUGGCUCUACCGGUCACA